AUGACUAAUUUUUCAUCUCAUGCUGCAAAACUGCUAGAAAUCGAUGAUUAUCAGUUCGCUUCAUUUGAAAAUCCGAAAUAUUUCUUUAAACUACAAAAGAAAAGUGAAAAAGUUUCAUCAGGAUUUGAGUAUUUGGAUAAAACUAAGGCUCGCAUCGUCGACGAAUCUCAAGAAAAGAACAUCCGUGUUGAUAACAAACGUAAUUUGCGAAUUAUAGAAGCAAUCGCAUUAUUCGAAUCAGCAUUGGAAGUGAAAAAGAAUAAUAAUCAUAUGCACGGUAAUGGACGGUUUUCUAAUCAUGCUCCGUCUGCAGUUCCUGAUGUUUCUUCCACUCAUGUUUUUUCUUCAAAUCUCGAACAAGCCUUUGCAAAUGAUCGAACUUUAAAUCAGAAUUCGGCUCAAAUUCAGCCAAUUGUCUCAUCAAUGACUAAUAGUGACUUUAAUAAGCAUCGACAUCAAGUAUCGAAUGAUGAUUGUCUACAAUCAAAGCUAGAACGUCCUUCAAACAGAUACGGAUUUGAAAACGGAAGAAGCAUUCAAGAAAUUCGUGAAGAUUUUUUUAGACAACGUGAAUUGCCCCAAACUAAUAAUAAAGAACAUGAAGAAGAAUGUCCAGACAAGCAAGCAAUUCCUAAAGUCUCAUCGUUUUCUGAUUGUUAUUAUGAAUUACCGAAUUUAAAUAAUCUAAUAAGAAGGUGGCUUACCUGUAUAUAUGAAAUAAUUACUGAGCCCUAUGAAAACGCUGUCAUUCCAUCUUUAUACGAUCGUACUCGUCGUUCAAUUGAAUUUAGUAAUCUCUUUGUAAGGAACAAUCUAUUUCAAAUUGGAUCAUUGAUGUACUUUGUUGAAAUGUCACCGACAAAGUCUAAACAUUUCAAAGAAAACUCAAGUGAGUCACCGAAAAAAUACUUGAGGCUUGAAAAUUGA